AUGCGCGACGACGACGACGACGGCGACGACGGCGACGGCGACGACGACGGAGGACGCGCGCCGCCUCUGGUGUGCGCGGUGACGUCCCCGGGCGGCUUCGGAUGCGGCGUCGCGUGCACGCUCCGCGGCGCGCCCUGCGUGCUCGUGCCGCACCACGUUCUCGGCGACGCGUCCGACCCGGACCUGGACCUGGCGUCGCGCGCGCGAGAGGCGCGCGCGACGACGCGAUUCGCCGCCGCCGACGCCGCCGGAAACGGCGGCGGCGUCGUCGUCGCGCGCGAGGUUCGCCUUCGCCCGGAGAUCUUCCUCGCGUCGUCGCCGCCGCCGCCGCGCGGACGCGCGCCGGAGGCGACGAGGCUCGAUUACGUCCUCGUCGCGUGCGCCGCGCCGGCGGGCGCGCCGCCGCGUCUGCUGCGCGCGUUGGAGGAAUCCGCCGACGUCGACGCGGACGCGUUGGUCGGCGCCGGCGUCGUCCUGACCGCCGCCCCGAAGCGCUGGCUGACUUCGGACGACGCGUCGGACGGCGAAGCGUCCGCCCCUGAAGUCGUCCGCGGCGUCGUGUCGAGCGUCGAGGCGGCGACGGCGCGGUACGACGCGCGCACCGCGCGCGGCGCGAGCGGCGCGGCGGUGACGGCGGAUGGGCGCGGCGGCGGCGCGCUCGUCGCGAUGCACCGCGCCGGGUCUCGAGACGUCGGCGAGGGCGACGGCGAGGGCGUCUUGAUACGAGAGAUUUUGCGCGACAUCGCGGAGACGACGGCGGCGAACGGGAUCGCGAGAGAAGCCGCGGGCGGGAACGCGGCGCCCGCGGCGAGAGCGCUUCUCGCGAGAGCGUUCAUAGGCGAGAGGUGUCGCGCCGCCGCCGCCGCCGCGCGCGCGGUCGCGUCCGACCCGGCCGCGGUCGCGCGCGCCGCGAGCAGCUCGGGCGACGGCGACGACGACGACGCCGGCGCGCGCGCGCUGACGAGAGCGCUGCGCGACUGGCUGGCAAAGUUUCCGAGGUCGACGUCGUUCGCCGUCGCGGCGGCGCACGCGUUGGGGUCGAUUCGAAGGCGGUUCGGCGCCGGAUCCGACGGGGACGUCGACGUCGCGGCGUGUCUGCGCGGGGUGAUGGAGAGACACCAGGGCGUGGACGCGGUGCAGUCGCACGCGAGAUGGGCGCUGAAGAUGGUGGAGAAGCGCGCGUGA